AUGCGAACAACUGUUAAGCUGGGAAAUGCGAAACAAGAAUAUAGACAUUCACCUNAGAAAGAUGGAAUCUUUGAAGCUGUUAUAGCUUCCACGUUCAAGAUUCAUAGGCACAAUGAUUUGAUUAUUGCUCUUGUUGAGAGAUGGUGUUUGGAGACAAACACAUUCAUUUUACCUUGGGGAGAAGCAACUGUUACUUUGGAGGAUAUGGUAGUUUUGGGUGGUUACUCUGUUUUGGGCCACUGUGUCUUGAAACCUGUUAAGGCCAAAGAUUCUGUUGCAGUUGAAAAAACUCUUUGCGAAGCUCAUAAGACUGUUAGAGCAAGGAAUGUUACUCACCAUGCCUGGAUGGAAUAUUUUGCAGGAAAAGGUGACCAUUUGGAGCAUGUUGCAUUUUUGACCCUUUGGUUGUCAAGGUAUGUGCUCCCUUCUAAAAGUUAUCAAACUGUGGAUAGAGCUCUUUUCCCUAUUGCAAUUUAUCUUUCUCAAGGUAUACCAAUAGCACUUGCCCCUGCUGUUCUUUCUAGCAUCUAUAGGGAUUUAAGGUUGCUUAAACAAAUUAUUAUAUCUUCAUCUAGUUCUAGGUGUAACCAAGAUGAGUCAGAUCCUCUCUUUAGGGCUCCUCUUCAAUUUGUUCAGUUAUGGGCUUGGGAGAGAUUUUCCAAUUUGCAGCCUAAGCCUAGUUUCAUCUGUUCCGGGGAGCCAAGAUUGGCUAGAUGGCAUAAUGUGAAAAAACUAAAUUGUGUGGAUCCUAGGAGUGCAAUAGAUUCUGCAGCAGAAUUGUUUCUGUGGCGUCCUUAUGCUAUUGAUACAGUGAAGAAUUGGGACAUCAACAAAUUUUACAAGAAAAAGGAGGAAUAUGUGGUGGUUGGACCAAAGAUGGGAAGAGAAAUCUUGGUUUUUGCUCGAUUUAUUCGAGCUUCUGAACUAGUUGGAGUGGAUUGUGUAGAACAGUAUAAUCCACAUAGAGUAUCAAUGCAAUUUGGAUUUGAUCAAGACGUGCCAGUUUGUGUGAAUCAUGCUAGUGAUAACCCAAAAAUUGCUUGGAGCAAUUAUAGUAGACCAAUUAAAGAUGCCGAACUCUAUAUACCUUCUAGGCUCUUUGAGUCAGAUGUUACCAAACGAUACUUGGAGUGGUGGAAGAACAACAAAUUUGCACUUGAAGAUGCAGUUAAGCAUGUAACCAAAGGACAACGGUCUAGAACUCACCAAAGGAUACCAAGACUGUCGUGGGAAAGCUAUAAAAUGAGGAAUGCCUCCGUAUGUUGUGAAUUUGCACAGAAAUUUGAUGAGGUUAGAACAGAUGGCAAUAUUCAAGAUUGUGAAAUGAGAGUUGUAGAAUCAUCAGAUGAUGAUGACAAUUUACCGAUUGCAGAAUCUUUAAACAAAAGGAGGCUCGUGAAGAAAGAGAUUACUGUACCUGGUAAUCAAGCACCCCUAGCUAGCAUCCAAAGCCAAUCUUCUUCCGCUUCUAAUGAUGAAACUGCCAGAGAAAGGGAGACGCUAAUGGAGUCAAAACCAUUGAGCAAAAAAGGUGGCUGUAAGCUCAACUUGUCUCACAGUUUAGAACUUGCAAAUGUAAAUAGGAGCUGUGGCAAAUAUACAGAAUUUUCGAGUACUAGUCCUGUUAAAAUGAGUUUGCAGAUGAGCAAUGAUUCAGUGGAAGCACCUAAGGUAAGUACAAAUGGUAUCAAUAGGACUGAAGGAAAUAUGCAGAUGGAAAAUAUUGACAACCAUGAGAAAAGGAGCACAAGAUAUGAAAUGACUGAUCUUCUGAAACUUGAGAUGAGGCUUAGAAACCUUGAGAACAUCAUGGCUGGAAAGGUUCCAAGAGUUGGGAAGAGGUGA